AUGGUCAGCACAUCCAUGCAGCGUCACAAGACUGGCCGCCGUCCCGCCAGAUCCACGCCCUUACCCACGGACACCUCCCUCUCCAUCCCCUUGGCGCCCAUCGCUGUCAACUCUUAUGACUUUGUUAGCACUCCCGGACCUCUCACCACCAACGCCCCGCUCCCCACAGUCCCCCGCCAUAUCCACGCUGCGACCCUCCAACACCUCGCCAACACGUCUUCACCCGCUCAUCCUCCGCUCUACCUCUCGAUCAACGUCAAGGUCCCUCUCGCACCGUUGAAGCGGAUCUCGACGAUACCAAUGAAGGGCGGAGAAAAGUGUAAGAGCCGAUACUGGUUUGAGAUGUGGUCGUGGGAUGAUGAGGAAGGUGUGGAACGUCCUCGGGGUAGGUGGGGGCCUGGGGCGGGGUAUGGAAUGGAGAUUGUGGGUGGAGACGAGCCGAAGGCUUCGAAUGAGCUUGACCAAGAAGCUGCAAGGGCAAUGUUCGGGCGAGAGGAAGCGUAUAGGACUCCUCUUCCAGCUAUCAGCGUGAGUAAGAGACCAGCCUUUGACAUCUCCUGACACGCCGUAGUACGAUCUCUUUUCUCAGCUCGCGAUCGAUUAUGCCAGCGACGGUCCCAAGAGACGAACCGAGGAGAUCAUCGAGAGACCCGAGUCGGCGAAACGUACAAGAGCGGUGGGCAAUGUGGGAAACGCGAUAUAACAUCCAAGCGUAAUAUCGGGGAAAUUGGAGAGCAUCUUGUGUCCAGAGA